GGAGGCGGUGGCCGGGGCCAGCGCACCAUUCGCUCCACCUGAUCUCGGGGCGGUGUGAGUUGAGGAAGGCGCAGGCGAGUAGGAGCAAAGGAAAGAGGGAGGGAGGCAGCUGCUGCAACCACCGCCGCCACCAUGUCCUACCAAGGCAAGAAGAACAUCCCGCGGAUCACGAGUGACCGUCUUCUUAUCAAGGGAGGCAGAAUCGUCAACGAUGAUCAAUCUUUUUAUGCUGAUAUUUAUAUGGAAGAUGGCUUAAUAAAGCAAAUUGGAGACAAUCUGAUUGUUCCUGGAGGAGUGAAGACCAUUGAGGCCAAUGGGAAGAUGGUGAUUCCAGGAGGCAUUGAUGUCCACACUCAUUUCCAGAUGCCAUAUAAAGGGAUGACCACAGUAGAUGACUUCUUCCAAGGGACAAAGGCUGCCUUAGCAGGUGGCACCACCAUGAUCAUUGACCACGUGGUGCCAGAGCCUGAGUCUGGCUUGACGGAGGCCUAUGAGAAGUGGCGAGAGUGGGCUGAUGGCAAGAGCUGCUGUGACUAUGCCCUGCAUGUGGACAUCACUCACUGGAAUGACAGUGUCAAACAGGAAGUGCAGAACCUUAUCAAGGACAAAGGAGUUAACUCCUUCAUGGUUUAUAUGGCCUAUAAGGAUUUGUAUCAAGUGUCCAACACAGAGCUAUAUGAGAUCUUCAGCUGCCUGGGAGAGCUGGGGGCCAUUGCCCAAGUUCAUGCUGAAAAUGGGGAUAUCAUUGCCCAGGAGCAAAGCCGGAUGUUGGAAAUGGGGAUAACUGGCCCAGAAGGCCAUGUGCUGAGCAGACCGGAGGAGCUGGAAGCUGAGGCUGUGUUCCGUGCCAUUACCAUCGCCAGCCAAACCAAUUGCCCUCUCUACAUCACAAAGGUCAUGAGCAAGAGUGCAGCUGACCUCAUCUCACAAGCCAGGAAGAAAGGAAAUGUAGUCUUCGGCGAGCCUAUCACUGCCAGCCUUGGUACAGAUGGAACCCAUUACUGGAGCAAGAACUGGGCCAAGGCAGCUGCGUUUGUGACAUCCCCACCUCUGAGUCCUGAUCCGACCACUCCUGACUAUAUCAACUCCUUGCUGGCCAGUGGUGACCUGCAACUCUCUGGGAGUGCCCACUGCACCUUCAGCACUGCCCAGAAAGCAAUUGGGAAAGACAACUUCACAGCCAUUCCCGAAGGCACCAAUGGUGUGGAGGAGCGGAUGUCUGUCAUCUGGGACAAGGCUGUGGCCACAGGGAAAAUGGAUGAAAACCAAUUUGUGGCUGUGACAAGCACAAAUGCUGCCAAGAUCUUCAACCUGUAUCCCCGCAAGGGAAGAAUAUCUGUGGGUUCUGAUAGUGACCUGGUCAUCUGGGAUCCAGAUGCUGUGAAGAUUGUCUCUGCCAAGAACCACCAGUCGGCAGCAGAGUACAACAUCUUUGAAGGGAUGGAGCUGCGUGGGGCUCCUCUGGUCGUCAUCUGUCAGGGCAAGAUCAUGCUGGAGGACGGCAGCCUGCAUGUGACCCAGGGGGCCGGCCGCUUCAUCCCCUGCAGCCCGUUCUCUGACUAUGUCUACAAGCGCAUUAAAGCCAGGAGGAAGAUGGCAGACCUACACGCAGUCCCGAGGGGCAUGUAUGAUGGACCAGUGUUUGACCUGACCACCACCCCCAAAGGAGGAACCCCUGCGGGCUCCACACGAGGCUCUCCUACGCGGCCCAACCCACCUGUGAGGAAUCUCCAUCAGUCAGGAUUUAGCCUGUCUGGCACCCAAGUGGAUGAAGGGGUCCGCUCAGCCAGCAAGCGCAUCGUGGCGCCCCCCGGAGGCCGUUCUAACAUCACAUCCCUGAGUUAAGUCACUCCUUCCAAAGAGAGGGGUGAAACAAGAAGAGAUUUUUUGAAGCCAAAAUGGUACAUCAAUAUUUAAGAAGGAAAGCGAAUCCAAACAAUUGUGAUCUAAAGAAUCAAUAAGCCUCAAGCCUUAUGUUUCUCCAAUGUUACACUCGCUUGCCUAGCUUUACAAAUAUUGCUUUGUUUUCUGUUGAUGCAUAGCCUUGAUUUGUUUGAUGCCCUCCCCCAUUUACAUGCAUGCUAUCAGACAGGCCACUAAGGUACAAGAGUCUGCUAUAUAGUGUUGAGAGCGUGUGUAGUGCUGCAUCUUAAGACAAGGGGACAGACAAAGUUGGGAGGUCAGGAAAAUGAACAAAAGGGACACAAGUUAAUUGGGGUGUAUGGGUGGUGGGGGCCCAAAGCAAGUUGGAGAGCACAGAGGGACUGGGAUUGGGUAUGGAUGAGGGAGGCGGGUGGGCUGGGGGAGCAAGGGGUGUUGUGUAUUGUGUUGAUGACAUACUUUUGUUUCCAUGGAAGAUGGUCACUUGUGGCAGCUGUCACUUCAUCAGGGUCCCCUCAGACCAGCGGAGAAGUAGGCUGUCUUUGAGUUCAGCCUUUGUCAUGUCACCUCCUCAUAGAUUUUAAUUGUUUGAACAUUUUAUUAAAAUGCCAA